AUGGCGGAUAUUCUCACGCAGCUUCAAACAUGCCUCGAUCAGCUGGCGACUCAAUUCUACGCUACUCUCUGCUAUCUCACAACUUACCAUGACCAUUCACCCGCCAUACCUCCAUCAAACAUCCCAACCGCGAUUCCUCAGUUGAAGAAAAUACCGAAAAACGCACCGCCAAACACUCCAGCUAACCAGCCUACCUCAGGACAAGCGCGAGGCCAAGAUCAGCAGCAGCAGCAGCAACAACAGCAGCAAGCAGAUGGUGCAGGUGGGGGAGCUCAAGAGCAGAACAGAGACCUUCCGCCACGGCCCGAUUCACCGAACACUUUUGCUCAACGACAGAGAGAAUUGGCUAGAGAUUUAAUUAUAAAGGAACAGCAGAUUGAAUAUCUUAUCAGCGUGCUUCCUGGUAUAGGCAGCAGUGAAGCAGAGCAAGAAGCUAGAAUACGGCAACUGGCUGAUGAGUUACGGUUGGCGGAAAAGGUGCGGAGACAGAAACGGAGGCAGAUGAGGAAACUAGCGAGAGGGUCGAUGGGCUAUUAG